AUGAUUGUUCCUAGUGUGACUAUGUGUUCGUUUCAAUCUGAAAGUUGUAGCUCAAGCGAUUCAAAACUAUAUUUCGGAGAAGUUAGUGGCAUUUCAAAUCAGGAUUUAAAUUAUCGGCACGUAGAUACGCAAAGAACGAAGGCGUAUGAUGGUUUACAGUUAAAUAAAAGUAUGAACUCUAGUAUUAGGACUGCAAACAGUUUGUCGCAGUCAAGAUUGGAAUCUUGUGAUACUGCAAAUGAUGAUGCAUCCAGUAAACAGUUGGUUUCUAGCAUUUGCAUGUCACCUGAUUCAACUAAUUUAUAUACCUCCAGUUCAUACUGCCGUACUUCAGAACAACUUUCACACGAAACCUCACUCAGAUCUAUUGAGAAAAGUAGUACAGAUUGUUCCGAAUCAGGUGAACACAGUUUCAUAUCAGAGUACCAAAAAGAAAAACUUAUCCCAAAUGGUGCUGGGAGAGCAUAUCUACAUAUGGAUCGAAAAAGCGGAAGUCAUAUAAAUCAGAAUGAAGCGAAGGAUUUUUCAUCUAUUCUUACGGAUAGCCUACUUAACAUCGACACAUUACCUGAAUCAAUUAAGUCGGCUCCACAACUAUCAUCUUACCUAAAUGAGGAUCCAAUUCAACGUUUUCAUGCACGCCACUAUGAUAAACUAAACCAGUAUAUGGUGUUUGUCCACAAUUAUCUUCCCAUUCCAAUUGCAAUUACUGUAGAAAAGUGUCAAGGAUCAAAGGUAACAGCUUAUAUAUUGAGUAAAUAUAGCAAUAUGCAUAUGAGAAAUGCUCUCACUUUAACAGCCAAAUCGAUGAAAUGUAAUUCUAACAAAGACAGAAGUAAACCUUUGCAAAAAACAUGUUCAAAUUUAAUUCUCCAUUUCGCUUGUCAAAAGCAUUAUUCUCAAUGUUUAUACCCUGGAUCUCUUCAUAACAGAUGUUUUAGUGUGAAAACAAAACAUUAUGUCUUUUGGAUGCAAUUGUUGGUCCUGGAAGUACAGUUUCACCAUGCGAAACCUGUUCACAUAACACAUCCGUCAAUGUGCCUGUUACGUAAUUUGUGGAGUGAACUGAUAAGUGACAACUUACAUAAUUUAUCGUGCAACGAAAGUGAUAUAAACCCAUUGAAAACCUAUGGCUUCAGACGAUGUAGCAGGAAUAAUAGUGGAACAUCUGGAUCAGCAUCUGUUUUUGGUUACCCAAUAAGGCAGCCAGAAGUCCUGACAAACAAAGAAUUACGUACAGAAUCUAAAAUACGAGCACGGAAUUCAUUCAAGAUAAGGUCGAGGAAAAAGCAAAAAUGCCAAUCAAGUUUCUUCUUUCUAGCCACCCACUCUUAUCCAACGAUUGAACAUCUUGAUAGUCUUUUGAAAGAGCUUAAAGAAACUGGUUAUUUUGCACUCUUUCAAAUGCAGGAAACAAAAAUGUCGAAAGGAUAUUCCUCACGCGUAGAAUGGGACUGUUUUGUUUGCGCAAGUGGUAAUGGAGUUUGGAAGGAUCAUUGUGCAGAAAGUUCAGGCAUAAUAGGAAUUAACGGAAGAAGUCAAGACAUCUCUGCACAGAAAAACGUAUUCAACUUAUAUUAUGAGCUCAACCCUUUAAAUCCACGAUUAACUGGCACACUAAAGAUAAAACAUAUCAAAAUUAUUCCACGCGCAUUAGCCUGGAUAACGAGUUGGCAGGUACAAGAAUUUAAGCUAGAAAAUGGAUUCAUUGCGUGGAAGAACUAUCUCGAAGCUAAACAUAAAAUCAGUUGGCCAACGUUACCUAAUUUCAGAGAUUCUAGAGAAAAGUCAAAUACACAGUCAUUCUACAAAAAUGUAUCAUCGAUAAAAACUAGAACGGGAAAGGAUUGGUUUUACCUGGCAGUGGAUAAAAUUGUAAACGUAAAAGGAAACUACCAAACGGGUACUUCAUAUCUUGAUCAUCUCGAAAUCGAAACAAGUGAUCAUGGCACGUGGCUAGUAAAGCCUCAUUUAAAUGGGUAUUGUGAUGCUUUACACAGAUCAAGCACAGUGAAUCCAACUAAAGAUCAUUUAAUUAGUGACUACUUAAACUUAUGGUUACGCGGAUUGCAAAUCGCUAUGGUGCGAUUCAAAGAUGAAAUAUUGUAA